CACAAACCAAGCCAGCCGGCCAGCGCAGCGCGUGAAUCUGUCCUGAAUGGAGAUGUUGAAUGCAGUCAAGAUGCACGCGAAAAGUGCGCUGCAGAAUCCCAUGAAGUACGUGCAGACCCUCUUCGUGAUGGCAGGAGCUUACUGGGUGAGUCAUUCAAGUACCUCGGUGCUCUUGUCUGUCCUAUCUGUCCCCUUGAAGGCAGACAGGCAGACAGACAGAAAAUCUCCUCAAACACUUUGCCGUGUGGCGAUUGGUGUGCGUCCGUCCGGUGAUGCAGGGCCUUCUGUUUCAGUGGAUCAUUGACACGCUCCCCAUCGUAAGACGUGACAACACUGCAGCGGGGUGCACGCAGAGGAGACUGUCCGGUGUGUGUAGGCCAUUGUGCAAUGGAUUGACCUCGCCACGCUGGUAGGUAGAGUGCGGGCACAAACAAACAGACAAACAGAGAGUCGUGCGGAUGCACGUGCAGCAGCUGUGUCAGAGGGGUGUGUGUGUGUGUGUGUGUUUGUCAUGUGUCUUCAGCUGCCUUCAUGGGCGCUGCGCCUGGUUGCCGGCGAGUUUGCUGCGGCCGGUGAGUGGCUGAGCGCACGUCGACAGAUGCCAUGCGCGUGCGCGUACGGGUGUAUGCACAUAUGGAUGUGUGGAUGUUUGUGAUUGCUGCAGGCGUGCACAACUGCCAGCGGCCAACCAAGACAAUCAUCCUCUACGAGUGAGACAGAGAGGGAGAGUCCAUCGACAUGUACAUCUGUCUGUCUGCCCGCCUGCCUGCCUGCCUGUCUCUGUGUGUACGUCAGGUUUGAGGUGAUCUUGGCAUGUUGGUGUUUUGUGUGAGGUCUGUGUGGUUUGUGUGUGGGAUGGUCUGUGUGGGGUACAGUGGUGUCCCUACUGCAAGAAGGUCCGCGAAGCCCUCAGCACACUCGACCUGGACUACGUCUGCUACCCAUGUACUGUACGCCCACAGGCCAACACACGCACACACAUGUACACAUUCAUGCCUGUGUGUGUGCGGGCCAUGUACGUGUGCAGGUCCGCGGACGACUUUCAAGGCCCGCAAUGUGACGGAGGGGUCGAGAUACUGCCCUGUGGCGCAGACGGCUGGCGGCAAGGCACAGUUCCCUCUACUGAGUGAGGAAAGGAAAGCGACAUACAUACAUGAUGUGUGGGUGAAUGGAUCUCGCGUGUGUGUGUAGUUGACGACAACACGGGCACCAAGAUGUAUGAGAGUGCGGCGAUCGUGCAGUACCUUUGGGACACCUACGGCAAAGACGCGCAGAAGCCACUCACAUACAAGGUAGCUAGCUAGGUUUGCUGCAUACGUACACACAUACAAUUGUAUGUGUGUACACAUACAUAAGUGUACACAUACGCAUCACAUACACAUACAUACGUAUGUAUACGUAUGCGUAUAUGUACGUGUACGUAUACACAAUGCCGUGCAUCCAUGGCCAUGCAUGUAGGUAUGCCGUGCAUCCAUGGCCAUGCAUGUAGGUAGGUAUGGACGCUGUGUGGCUUGUCUGUCUGUCUGUCUGUCUGACUGUCUGUCUGUAUGUCAGAUUGCGUCCUCGCCCUACUACGAGAUGCCCUCCCUCAUGAUCAGCGGCAUCUUCCGUGAGCACAUACACAUCUGCAUGGACACACACACACACAGAGAGAUACCCACGGCCGUGUGUUGUUGUAUGCGCUUGGAUGACAGGUCCUUUGUGGUACAUGGGUAUGCUCAAGGCACCCUCCACGCUCCCUGAGAAGGUGCAUGGGUGACAGCAGAAACACGCGCCCAUAUUUUUACAUGCAUAAGGGCGUCCAAUGUGUGUGCAGCACCUCGAGCUUUGGGGCAUGGAGCCGUCCCCAUUCGUCAAGCGCGUCCGGGAGGUCCUCUCCAGCCUGUAACCAAACAAACACAAGCAAACACACACACUGUUCCCAACCUGUAUAAACACGUGUAUGUGUGUGUGUGUGUGUGUCAAGUGAGCUGCCGUACCUGAUGCACACGACGCCCGUCGGCAGCAGCAAGCGCGAGAUAUUCAAGAAGCUGUAUGGCGACAAGGUAGCGACUCAACUCAAGGGGCCAUCCGUCCCGUCCGUGUGUGCAAUGCAUUGACUGGCGUGUUCAGUUGCCGCAACUGCGGAAGAGUGCGGGUUUGAUCAAGGUGCCCUUUUUGUACGAUCCCAACACGGGUAUGUAUGCCUCCACUUGCCCACACACGCAUGAGCACCUUCGUAUCUAUCUCUGCAUACGUACGUAUUCGUGGGAUGUUUGUGUACUGAUUGCAAUGCAAUGCAGGCAAGGAGAUGUUUGAGAGUCUGGAGAUCGUCAAGUACCUCAUGGUGAGCCAGCCCAGCAAGCAUCACACAAGACACGCGCAUCCAUCCAUCCAUCCAUCUCACGAUGUGUGCAGGAGACGUACAAGAGCGGCCCCGCGCCCACCGAGACCCUCUUCGACUACGUCAACUUCCUCAAAGCCGGUAGGUAGCUGCACAUGUCAUGUGUCGCAACAGACACACCACAUGACGGGAGCCACCCGUGUAGUCCUACGGACUUGAUGUCUGACAUGUGUGUGUGUGUGUGUGUGUGUAGGCGACAAGAAGGCCGAGUGACUGCUGCAGCCGCACCAAGGACGUCAGUCAGGUCGUCGAUUUUGACUCGUAUCUUUCGUACGUACACACACCUGUGUGUGUGGAUCGAUGCGUGUGGCACGUGGGGCUUCAAGUUCUUUUCGACACUGACACAGUCUCGAAUUAAGAGUUUUUCUGCCCUCCUGUCUGUCCCUUUUUCUAUGUAUCUUUGUAUGUGUGUAUGUGUGUAUGUUUGUGUGUUUGUGUGUAUGUGUGGAGAUCCCUUUGUGUGUGUACGGCUGAUGGCUGGCUGCAUCCUUUCGAUCUGGCUGCCUGUCUGUCUGUCUUAGCGUGUGUGACCUUCUGUGUGCAUGCGGGGUUGCUUGGGGCGGUUGUCGGAAGCAUCAGUUCAGCCAUCGACGGGUGCAUUGAUGCUUCUGUCCACUCGAGCAACUCGACAGGCACACGGAGGGACGAACACCUCAGCCACAUACUCGUAUACUAUUUUCUUGUGUGGGCGACCGAGGCGACCGACGAGAGGGGGACGGACAUUUUAUGGAUCACGGAGCUAGCACACACGUAAGUUGACGCCGA